AUGGAGUCCAUCUUGCCGAUGGGUGGUUUUCAGCUGCCCUUCCAGCGCCGCCUGAGUCGUCUUUACAACGACACCAAAAAGUCCAGCGAUUUUGUCAAGGAACCUGCUCAACAUGAAGAUGACCCCGAGAUCAAGGCGCUAUAUCGCAAAUUGCGCAUCCAAAAGGAUCGCUUUGUCAGCUGGGGACUGGAAUGGUCUGAUCCAAACCAGUCUGCUGAAAUCGAUGAGUCUCUUUCCAAGGCCGGCCUGAGCGAGGUCGUCGGCAGCAUCAUGUCCACCAUCAAGGAUAUCCUCGCCGAAGCAGAGCCUCUAUGGUUGAGUUAUAAGCGAGUCGUUGAGGGAGUUCGGCCAUCACCUGAUCGUAAAGCACCGCUUGUCCAAUGGGAUAAAGGGCGAUUUGAGGGUCUAAUUCAUGACCUCACUGCCUCCAUCGAUACCCUCUACGACUUAUCGCGUAUGCGCUCAUCUGAUACUCUGAACUCGCCGGUAACAAAGUCGACGUCCAAGGCCUCUGCUUCAGAAGGGGAUUUUCGACCAUUUGAAUCAACGCGGAUGCAGACUCCUCAGCAGAUUGACCCCAAGAGCUUGACACACUUGCAACCUUUGCAAGAUGGGUUGAGCACAGUAUCAGCAUCUCGGCGACAUGUUGUCUACAUGAGCAAGACAGCUUACUCUGAACUCACAACCCAGGGUGCUACUAGACAACCUUGGGCCCCCCUUCUCCUUGAGUAUGCCGAGUUUGAUCCAAUCUAUUCGACUACGGGCAUCAUGCCCCCUAUGGCCCGCUUCGAGAAGCUCUCUGCUGGCCUUCAGCGAGAUCCCCAGAGAGCCCCUGGCUCUUGGACCGGCCUGCCUCGCUUGCUCGGCUACUUUGAAGAUCUCGAAAAUUCUCGGCUGGGCUUAGUCUAUCUCUUCCCGCCUUCCUUCAACACGUUGGCUUCCAACCGUGUGAGCCAAAACCCUCAGUACAGUCUGCCUACUCUGAGUGACCUCCUUGCUCGUGGCGACUCGGAACCUCCGUUAGAGGCAAAGUUCCGCUUUGCAUAUAACCUCGCAAAUACGGUGUUUGAUAUGCACGCUAGAGGCAUCACCCACGGUAAUAUCUCCGAUGCCAACAUCUUGUUUAGCAAAAGCACAGCGCCAGGGAAUAGCGACGGCACAGGACAUGUUGAUAUUCGCCGACCUGUGUUGUCGUCUUUCGACGUCUUCACUGAAGAAUCUUCAAUUACGAAUUCGAUAUGGCAGCACCCCCUCGAUCCUCGAGCCGCGCAGACGUCACCUCUCCCAAAGUCCACUGAUGAGAGAGUGUUGGAAGUAUAUUCCCUAGCAAUGGUACUCCUAUCUAUUGGACUGUGGACAAAGUUGGAGACUCUUGCACCAAACGCAGCGCCCACAACUGUUCCAGAAUCUGCCUUGGAUACACUGGCUAUUAGAUGCGGUACAUUGUACAUGAAAGCUGUCCAAGCCUGUUGGAAAGCUGUCGACGAUGAGCUUUCAGGCGAGGUCAAGGGUGAAUCUCUGCUUUCUGGCGUGCAGAUGCGCGUUACGCGGUUCUUGGAGGCCUGUUGCAUCUUGGAUGGUGUCAGUGGAUUCGAGGAAAGGCUGGGCCAUGAGCCAUCCCUUAUGGAAGCUGCGCCAUUGCCCACAAUAGGGCCUUCGAAAGACUCCAAAGGUUCCAAAGACAAAAAGGGAAUGCCAGUCCCUGCGGCGCCUACUAAGAAACCUCCUCCGCCACCAGUGCCAACAUACACCCAAAACAAAGGCAUUGAGGCCCAUGAGCCCGAAAUCAAAGAAAGCAAACCGGAAGCAAAGGUCCGAUUAUAUCCUCAUGUACCACUACCACCGGACGUUGUGGACAAAUGGAAUUCCAUCCUCAUGCCUCAGAUCAACAUUGCUCUAAAGUCAUUCUAUCGCAAGCACCCCGAGUCAGUAGAAAUAUCUCUCGAGUCUGUGGGGCCUAGCCCUCACCAGACUAGGCCUACUGUAUUGGUGGUCUGCGCAUCUGUUGGCAAAGUCCGUGCCAUCUUGAAGAAGAAGCUGGGUGAGCUGUUUGACGAUUCCACUGGCUUUGGUCUUAAAGUAUGCCGUGGGAGCGUCAUCAGAUCGCGACGACAAGGAUCAAUCAUGAGGUCCAUGGCGCGAGGAAGUAGAUCUAGCGGACAUCAAUCGGGCCACGAUAGCGAUGACGAACAUGUCGAGGCUGUCAAUCCUGAAUACCAGGAAAAGCCCAAUAAUGGCGCAAGCAUUGGGGCCUGGAUUGGAGACCGACACUUGCCUCCGGUGAGCUUUGGCGGUCUUGUCAUUGUUGACGAAAAGACGUAUGGCAUGACUGUGCACCACAUGCUCGACGACCCGGAACGCGAUUUUGCAUUUCCCGAUACCACGCGUAGCAGCGCUGUUCCAGGACGCGAGUGGCAGCCUGAGUCGACGUUUGGUAGCUUCGAUGGCGAUGAUUACUCUUAUGAGCUGUCCGACACAGAAUCAGAGCCUUAUUCCGAAACAGACCUCACUAGCGACUACGACGAUGAGGAGGAGGACGAAGACGAAGAGUAUAGUGAACCUGGUGAUAUUCCAGGCAUAGAGCCCGGGUGUGGUGAUGGCUACAUCGUCACCCAGCCUGCCCUAGAUGACGUGGAAGAAGGCUUCUAUCCUUAUGCUGAGACUGAAGAUGAAGACCAUCUCGAUACUUUCAGUCUUGGAGAAGUGUAUGCUUCUAGUGGUAUUCGUCGUAAGGAAGCCAAUGGCUUGAUUCAUGAAGUUGAUUGGGCCCUUUUCGAAUUCUCAGACGGGCGUUUGCCUGAGGACAAUUCGAUCCCCAAGAUAUCGGAUGAUGGAAACCAAAGGUCCCGCUUGCUCGGAAAGAAAGCCCAGAGCAAUCAGCCGAUGCUUCGGCCAACCACGGUGGCGCCGUGGUCAGCUCUUCCCGGCCUGGAGGUACAAUGCGUUGCACGAACCAGUGGCUCACAGACUGGGCAAAUCCUACCAGCCUUGACAAGCGUCAAAAUUUAUGGACGUCAGUCUCCGAGUCACACAUAUCAAAUCGCCAGCGUUUUAUCUGCUGCCACAGGACAAGACACGAAGCCUUCCUAUCCUCUUGGAAUACCAGGAGACAGUGGUGCCUGGAUUGUCGAUCGGCAGCACGGGCAGCUCUGCGGGCAUGUGUUGGCCUGGAGUCAACGCAAGCGCGUGGCUUACAUUUGCCCCAUGGACGUCUUGCUCCUCGACAUUGCGCAAACUCUGGAAGCAUCCGAGGUGCGACUGCCAGGC